AUGUAUCAAAUAUCAGAAAAUUUGCGAAUAGAUAGCUAACUUAUAGAAAAAUAUUAAUGGCUUAAAGAAUUAAAGGAGUAAAAUAUAUAAGACAUCUAACUAAAUUUAUUUCGAGUUUGGUGUUUGGAUAUUAGUCAUGAUUUAAGUUUGUUGGUGGUUGGUGGUAUUAGUAAGGAUCACAUUGUUUAUGUUUAUGAUCAAUAUAGUAUGACUUAAUGUAAUCAAUUAAAUGUGACCUCACAUUAAGUUUACUAAUUAUUAUUUUCAUAAAAUGACAAAUAUUUAUGUGCUGGUUGUUAUGGGAAACAAAUACUUUUGUGGAAUGUUGAUGAUGUUAGAAAAAUUCAAAAUGUGAAAUAUAAAAGAAUUAUAUAAACUGAAUUUGGGGUGAUUGCAAGAACAUUAUUUUUCAAUAACGAGAAAUAAUUAUGUUUUUAAGGAAAAUCUCAUUUAUUUAUGAUAGACUUAGAAAAUAACGAAUAAGCUAAGACGAUAAAAAUCAAUCACAAACCUUCAUCGUUUGAUAUUAAUCAAAAUAAAAUAUAUGAAAUUGGAAAUAGUAGCAUCAUAUACAUUAGAGAUUUUAAUAUAGAUAAAGCCUUGAAGUUUACAUGUUGUAUUCUUUCUUAGCUUGAAGAAAUUGUUGUUUCAAAAAACAAUUAUUUUAUGGUUGUAGCUAGCCAUCAAAAUUUAUUAUUUCUAAACACUAUUAAUGGAAAACUUAUUCGAAAACUUAAAACAUUAGGAAAAAUUCAAUCAAUAAAAUUAUCUAGCAAUGAUAGGUUAUUGAUUUAAACUAAUAUACAUCCUUCAGAAUAACUUGAUAAAAUAUAAUUUAUAAAUAUAGAAACAGGGCAAAUCUUAUUAGAUUACUAAACACAACUCUCUCAACCUGCUUUUAUCUCAAAAAUGAUGCCAAAUAAAUUUAUUUUUGGCAAGAUUAACUCAAUUGAAAUUUGGAACUUUGAUACAAGCAGCUAUUAAUUAUGA